GGGGCGCGGCACUGGUCCGGGACCCUAAGACGUCUGUUUUGAGGAGCAGGCGAAACCGAGGUUUUCUUGGGUCCUAGGGCCUGAUAUGUUGGCGACUACAACUUUGCGGGAACCUCAUAGCCGACGGGGGCAUGACAGGACGUGUGGGGACCCCACCCAUGAUGAAUAGAUGACUUGUGGUGAGGGAAUCUUAAAUUUUGGUGGCAAUGGUCGAGACAGCGGGAAGCGCCCCAAGUUCCGGUGAGGGCUGAAGGCCCACAAGGGCACCUUACUGCCGAACUGGCAGAGUGCCCAAAGGGUCUGUAGAAAAGACUCCUGGUUUUUCUGUUUCCAUGUUUUAAAGUAUGGGUUUAUUGUGGAAAUGCAUUAUCCAGCUUCAAUAAAUAAAGCAAUUUCGUCAUGAAAACCUGGUCAAUCUGAUUGAAGUUUUUAGACAGAAAAGGAAAAUUCAUUUGGUGUUUGAAUUUAUUGACCACACAGUAUUAGAUGAGUUACAACAUUACUGUCAUGGAUUAGAGAGUAAGCGACUUAGAAAAUACCUCUUCCAGAUCCUUCGAGCAAUUGAAUAUCUUCACAAUAACAAUCAGCUCCUGGAGACGUUUAUACGGACUAUGUGGCCACACGCUGGUAUAGAGCUCCAGAAUUAGUAUUAAAAGACACCUCUUACGGAAAACCUGUGGAUAUCUGGGCUUUGGGCUGUAUGAUCAUUGAGAUGGCCACUGGAAAUCCCUAUCUUCCUAGCAGCUCUGAUUUGGAUUUACUUCAUAAAAUUGUUUUAAAAGUAGGCAAUUUGACACCUCACUUGCAGAGUAUCUUUUCCAAGAGUCCCAUUUUUACUGGGGUAGUCCUUCCUCAAGUCCAACACCCCAAAAGUCCAAGAAAAAAAUACCCAAAGCUAAAUGGAUUGUUGGCAGAUAUAGUUCACGCUUGUUUACAAAUUGAUCCUGCUGAGAGGAUAUCAUCUACUGAUCUUUUGCAUCAUGAGUAUUUUACUAGAGAUGGAUUUAUUGAAAAAUUCAUACCAGAACUGAGAGCUAAAAUACUACAAGAAGCAAAAGUUAAUUCAUUCAUAAAGCCAAAAGAGAAUUUUAAAGAAAAUGGAUUUAAGAAAGAUAAAAGAAAAAUAAUUUAUACUGAUACACUGCUAAGCACUUCAGUUUGGGGAAAGGAAAUGGAAAAAGAGAAAAAGCCCAAGGAGAUCAAAGUCAGAGUUAUUAAAGUCAAAGGAGGAAAAGGAGCUAUCUUAGAACCAAAAAAGACAGAGUGUGAAGGUAGACACUGUCAACAGGAUGCAGCUGAAAUUGCUCAUACCAAACUUGUAAUCAGCGAACCACCAAACCCUGUCAAUCCCAGCACUAACUCUUUGGGCAUGAAAGAUGAUCCACAUGCUGGAGGUAGUAUGAUGAUGCCACCCAUUAAUCUAACUAGCAGUAAUUUGAUGGCUUCAAAUCCCAGUUCAAAUCUCUCCCACUCCAAUUCAAGGUUAACUGAAAGAGCAAAUAAGAGACGUACUUCACAGUUUAUUGGACAAGUUAUGUCUAAUAGCAGGCAUGAGGAUACAGGUCCCACUCAAAACCAGAUGGAGAAGGGUGUGUUUAAUGAGCGAACAGGUCAAAGUGACCAAAUGGCAAAUGGAAACAAAAGGAAGCUGAAUUUUUCCAGAUCUGACAGGAAAGAAUUCCAUUUCCCAGAAUUGCCUUUCACAAUACAGUCAAAGGAGAUGAAAGGAAUGGAAGUUAAACAUAUAAAAGUGCUGAAGAGGGAAUCAAAGAAAACAGAUUCAUCUAAAAUACCAACUUUAAUUAAUGCAGAUCACUAUCAAGAAAAACAAGAGGGUGGAGAUGGCCAUUGUAAGGGGAAGAAUUUGAAGAGGAACAGAUUUUUUUUCUGUCUUAUUAUUGUUUAAGGUAAGACCAUACCUAUUACUCCAUCAUGGCUGGAACUAGAAGUUCAGUUAAAGAGCUCUGGAAGUGGAGAUCUAGUCACUAUUGUGAAUAAGGAAGAACUUUUAGAGUCAUCAAUAAAAGUUCUAGCUCAGUCUUAUAUAACAUGUCCCUGGUUGAUUUUCUGCUGUCUUAGUUUAAGACUAUCCCUAAGGAUAUGGAUGGAUAUGUGGACAGGAAUUUAUAGGAAUUACAGGAAUUGCCAUACUUUCUGUUUUUGUUCUUGUUCUGGUUAGUAUAAUGAUCAUUUUUUCCAGUGAAUUCUUUGCCAAUAGCAUGAAAGUUUGAAAUGUGAAAGUAUGAAGUUUGCCAAUGAAAUGCAGUUGGAUAUAAUUGGAUAGGAUGAAUAGUUUACUGGCUGAUAAUGAUUGUCAAAAGGAAUUAGUCAGGAAAAUGUAUUUGAGUUGUAUUUCUGGUCUGUUUUCAUUUUCCAAAUAUGACUCUAACUUAUAAAUACUUGUUACAGAACACUUUUUUAAGCAAAUGGUUGACAUAGUGAGUUGCUGAUAUCAAAACUGAAAAUGCUCCAUGGUGGCUAGAACAUGAUGACAUUAGGUUGGAGCUCAGAAAAUUUUUAACAUAAGAUACAGUCCUGAUUCCUGUGUUUAAAUUGUUUCUAUUCCAUUCCUGUAUUCCUUUCAUCAACUCUGACCUAGGAGUGGGAUUUCUAGAGCCUGAGUAACAAUAGUUUACAGUGUAGUUUCAGUGACUACUAAGGCCACAAAUGUGGUAGUCUGCUGAUGCAGAGGCAACAUUUUCAUUAAAUUCAAGAGUAAGAAAAUCAUAUCUUUUAAACACAUAAUUCUAUACACAGGAACAAACUAUACCAGUACACAGGAAUGCCAAGAAGACAUUAACUAAAUAUAGAAUUAUACAGCUGCCCAAAGUGUAAAUUAAAGGGCCCUAAAUGGAAAUUGGGUCAGGUUACAAAAACUAGCAGGAUUGUACAGGGAAACUGUCAAGAAAUCUUAGGUGAUGUGGGAGCCCUAAGUUAUAAGAUGAUACAACAGGAAAGCAUUCUUUUCAUUUUAAUAAGAGGCAAAAGGAUAUAAACAAAUAAAAUAUCCUCCUAUCCUGCUAACCUCCUAUCUGCCUACCUUCUCUUCCCACAGAGGUAGAGAAAACUGAUACUGACGACUCUAUAAAGGCAGAUAAUUAUAAUAAUUUUUUUUCUUUUUUGGGAAAGUAACCCUGAGGUCAUAUAACCAUAAGUAUGCACUUAUGAUGGAUGAGAUAGAAGCCAAACUAAAAGAGGAAAGCUGUGGUCUAUUCACACUUGUCUAAUAUAUUGUCACUCCCUCUAGGAUUGCUAAGAAAUAGUUACAAUUGAUUAGUUAUAAGUUGUUAUUUGGGAAACUUCUCAGAGAGCAGACAAACACAGCACACUUCUUUAAAAUGUCAUUUGCAAAAGAACAGAUUUAUUCACCUUAAGAUUGGAUACCUAGAAAGAAUCACCAGACAGUUAACUUACAGUCAUCUGGAGGAACAGUACAUAAUAAUCAUUAUGAAUUUAUUUUAUCUGGCUAGUUGCUCUUAAUAACAGCUUAAUGGGCCCUGUAACAAAGGGAAAGCAGGUUUUUGUAGUUCAAGUAAUCAACAAGCAUUUGGGCUCUGUUCUUUUCUGUCUACACUCCCUCGGUGAGCUCAUCUAGAUGUGUGGUCUUAAAUACCAUUUAUUUUCUUAUUAUUCUCAAUUCUCUCUCUCUAACCUGGACUUGACUGCUUAACUCCAGAUGCAGAUUUCCAAUUGCCCGUUCAAAAUCUCCACCAAAACGUAUAAUAGGUAUCUCAAACUUAGCAGUUCCAAAAUUAAGGUCCUAAUCUCCUCCACACUUCCUCCUACUCCUCCAUGUUUCCCCAUCUUAGUUAAGGACAACUUCAUUUCUUCCGUUUGCUCAGGAGAAAAGUAUUAGGGUAAUCCUUGACCUCUCUCUUCCUCUCUACAUCUCUAACCUACAUCCUUUCAGCUCUACCUUCAAAGUAUGUUCAGGAUUUGACACUUUUUACCCCUCUGUUGCUCUUCACAACAUUUCUUGCCUGAAUUUCGUAGUGGUCGUCUGUUAACUGAUCUCUCUGCUUUCACCCUUGUUCAACCUUCAGUUUCUUAUCAAUUCACUGCCUAGGUGUUCUUCAUAAAGUAUAAAACAGAUGAUGUUACUGCUGUAUAUAAAACCCCAAAUGCUUCUUACUUCACUCAGAGUAAAAGCCACAGGCAUUACAGUAACCUACACGACCCUACCCAGUAUAACUCUACCCUCUCUUUGACCCUGUUUGCUGCUUCUCCCCCAAUUACUCAUUCUGUUCCAGGCCCACUGGCCUCCUUGUUGUUCCAAGCUAUGCUUCUGCCUCAGAACCUUUGUUUUUUUCUGUUUCCUCUGCUGAGUAAUAAUAUCUUUCCUCAGGUGACUGCAUGAUGCCCUCCUUUACCUCCUUCUUGUUCAAUACAACCUCCUUACUGGUUUUUACUCACAUAUGAAGCUUUCUCUACUACAUUACUGAAGAUGGAAAUUUUCCCUAUUCCUAUUCCCCUUUCCUAUUUUACUUCUUUAUACAACAUUUCCCUCUGACAACCUAUAUAAUUUACUUAUUUUGUGUACUAAUGGUCUCCCUCCAACAAAAUAUGAACUACAUGAGGACAGGGAUUUAGUGUUUUGUUCAUUGCUAUAUUCCCCAGCAUAGAAUAGUGCCGAGCAUAUAAUGACACCCAAUAACACUUGCUUUCUGAAUGAAUGAAUUUAUUUAACACCCUACAUAGAAUUCAGUUGAAAAAAAGGAGAAGAAAAUACAGAAUAGUUUUAUUGGUGUGGUAGAAUGUGCUCUCUAUGGCAUGCUAAUAUUCAUUGUUCAAGUGGCUGAACAAGGAAUGAAUAGCAGUCAUUCAGUAUGGAGUUUAAAGGUGAAGGAGAUCAAGUGAACUUACAGUUUGUUAGUAUUUUAAUUAAGGAACUGAAAAUUGAUUACAUUUAGAAAACUGAAGGGUGCAUGUUAGGAAUAGAAUUCAGAGGAAUCUCAGGUAAGUUAGAAAAUUUUUCUCUCAAAAUUUAAAAAGAGACAAGGAAAUUCAGUCUGCUUCGAGCAAGGAAAUGCUCUGCAAAGUAAGUUACAGUAUAUGGGUCAGAUUUUUAGGUUCUCCACCUGAAGUCACCACAUUUCUGUUUCUUUAGCUACUGUGUGUCAGGAGAGCAGGCAAGUCCUAAAUUAGUAUACCUAGUGCUAGCCCUAGAGUGAGAAAUUGUGUAAUUACUGUCUCAGUGUUAUGCAGAUCUCUCCAUGAAGUCUUUUGGCUUAGAAAAAGUGAAAUGAUUUCUUUGCUUAAUUGAAUUGUAUUGAAAGAAUAAAGAAUCUGUGCAAUGUAUAACUCAAAGAGGUAAAUAAAAUGAACUUUGCUUCAUAUUGACUUUCAAACUAACUGUAGGUAAAGGUUCUCACUCUUCACAAUUAGCUUUCAUUCAAUGGAUAGCAGGAUAUAGAUUGCAGGUAUCCAGUGGCUAUUAUGUAGUCUGUAAGUCCCUCUUGCCAGAGUAAAGAUGAUUCCUAAAUUCUCUUUGAAGUCAGAUAGUCCUAACCUCCUCCAGAGGGAGCUCAGGAUCCAGCAUUUUCAGGACAUGGAGCCAGUCUCUGCCCUGGUCUAACAAACAGGACAAGCCGUUUAUUUCCCUGUAAAACUGAACUGGUGUAUGAAGAUGGGGUACUAAUACAGCAUUGUUUUUGCUUUAAAUCAUUGAUUUUUGCUGCCUUAGAUGAGAGAUGUAAUAAAGAUCCGUGGUAGGACUUGCGUUUCCUCAGAUGAAAGACUCCAGAGUCUUAGGAAUUUCAAACCAAGCCUGAGAUUAUUUAUAUACAUUUCAAGCAGCACCUCCUGGGCGUCUCUGAGUAAUUUCUUUGUGGCUACUAAUUAUCACAUUGAACAGUACUAUUACAAUGUUUAAAGCAUCUGAUGCCUCAUGAAAAACCUUAAAAAACAGACUUAUUAUGGAAUAAUCUGCCAUCAGUACUCUUUUUUGGAUUUUUGUUUGAUAGAUUUGAGUUGGGAAAUUUAGUUCCUUUAGUUGCUAUCCUUCAAACAGAAUAUCUAGUGGUAUCAGACUAUUUUUUGAAACUAUACCUGUGAACUCCUGGGGCUUCUUUCUUUUUAAAAGUAUUUGUUGAAUAAACAUUCAAUUUUUAUUAAAAGCCAUAUAGUAUAAUAGAGUCCACAUUGUUAACAGAUUGCCUGAACUAGAAUCAUGGUUUUUACCACUUUUUCACUGAGGAGUAUGUAUGUGGUGCUUUGUUGCCUCUGUUUUACCAGUUGGAAAACUGGGACAAGAAUAGCAUAUCUCUUAGAGAUACUGUGAGGACUUACUGAGAUAAGAUUUAAUACACACAGGGCAUAGUAAAUGUGUACUGAUGAAAUUUAGUUGUCUACAUGGCCUUUGGAGUCUCCUUCAAAGAUGCAGAAUUAUGGUCUUUAAUUUUAGUUAAAUUUUAGGUCUAGAGGUACCCUUUACCCUUGUUGUAUACUGUCUGUGAAAUUCUGAGGGAACCUGUGCCAUGCUCUUCAUUUGUUUAGAUAUGAAGACAGCUUGGGUGACAUACAUCACAUAUCUGCUCUGCAUGUAUAAAAUGUCCCAUUAAUACAAGAAUAAACAUGGCAUUUAGAGUUUCAGAAAAGAAAACUGUUUAAUAUGUCUCCUUUUGAAGUUUGGAAGAAAAUUAAUCUCUGCAGACUCAGUAGCACUUUUUAGAGUAGUGUCACGUCAAAAGGGAGAUACUAAUAUUGAAGUUAUGUUCUAUUCUGGGAAAACUAAGUCUAGACCAGCAGUUUCUAUUUUUUUAAUCUUUUGAAGCUACAUUGAAAUUUUCUCAAGAGUCUUUGUGCAUUAGUGGAGCACCUAAGGUGAUGGCUGUGUUAGGGUGCUGAGAAGAUGACUUACUGAUUAAUGUAGGGAGAUGCAGGUUUUAUGGAGCCUGAAGCUUUUCAAUUUGAGAGCCCUUUUUUGGGAAAAAGAAUACAAAAUUACAACUGCAAAAUUGCUAAUCUGUUUUCAUGGCCUUGGAAGGAGACUGUACAAGGGAGGGGAUUACACUGGCUUCUUGGCAAAUAUACCUCUGCUGAUGGAAUUGCCAUUACUUGAUUCUCUGUGGCCACUGGAAGUCAUGCAGAGAAGUGGAUUACGGCAGCAGCAGUGGCAGUUGAAUUGGCAAUCAAUGAGGUCAAGCUUUGAAAUCUAUUGGGUAUAUAUUCGUGUGAUGAUUAAGAGAGCUGGCUCCAAUCCUUAGGCCAAGUGGAGUUGUUAUAAGUGGAAGGGCUUACAACUGUAGCUCAGUAGGUUGCUGCUGUGUGGCACUCAUUUCCUUUCAUUUGGAAGAAGGAACAUAGAAUACGGUCACAGUGAUAGGAAGCACCCUGAUGCAUUUAAGAACUUGAAGGAUAAAUUUUGAAAAAAAAACUUGAAGAAUAAAAUUAAAAUUUAAUCUAUUAAAUAUUGUAUGGUGUCUGUUUUCACCACAGUAAGAAAACUUUACUUUUGUUGGGCACCAGUUACCUCCUAAUUGUCAAAUUCAGUGGCUUUCUUUAAGUCUUCAUUUUCCUGAUUUUCUGUCACAUUUGACACUACGAAUUGUCUUUUCCUUCUGGAAACACUCUCAUCUUUUUGUUGCAUCUUUGUUUUCUUCUCAUCUACAAACAAUUUUUUGCUCUACUGAUAAUUUAUCUUUACACCUAUUUCCCCAUCAGCAUUCUCUGAGGUUUAGUUUUUAAGCCCUCCACUCUUCCCUGCUUCCUUGAGAGAAGUGUGCGGCUCUUUUAGCUUGACUACUACCCCUGGGGUAUUUGAGGGUAUUACUGCAAGGUUUGUAGUUCUGACACUGACACUAAUCUGCUAAUAUUUCCACUUUAUCAUUUUGUUGUUUCUUCAAACUUAUCAUAUCUAAACUGGAUUAAUUUUUCCCCAAACCAUCUUUCUCUUCCCUCCUAGAUUUUCUUAUUUCUAAAAGUGGUAUCAUGGUUCUCCCUGGCUUGAAACUUGGCAUCAACUUCAUUUUUUUGUUUCAAAAUAUCUGAUAGCCUUCCAGGCAUUAGGUCUACUUGACUCAUUCUUUCUAGCACACUUUGGUCCUAUCACAUUGUAUUAAUUUUUCUUUCUUAAGUUAUAUAGCCUCUCUAGGACUCUUCCCAUGCCAGGUGAUCUAUUUUCCCUCUUGACUAUCAUUUUUAUUGUUUAUACUAUGUAUACUAUAUAUAAACAAAUAUUAUAUGUUACACAUCCUGCUUUGUGAUGCUAGCUGCCUCUUAAUUUAUAUCUUUGUACCUUUAUACCCUACCCCUAGUACCUUCAUAUAAUUAGGUACCUUAAUAUAUAUAUGGAACAAAUAAUUUAAAUUCCAAGUGGCCUUGGUAGUUUAGAGGCUUGCUGAAGAAUCAGUGAAUGAUAUUAAAAGUGAUCAGUAAUAAUCUGAGGCAUAGAUGUCACUGAGCAAGCUGUCAAAAGAAAUCUUGGUUUAGCAGUUAGUAGUGUCAUACUGCCGUUCUGCUUUAAAACUUUAGAGCACUGAAAAUUCUGUUUGCCUUUGGGGAGAUAUAGCUGAAGUUUUCCUGAAGUUUCAGCCUUCUUAGAUCAAAAGCAAUUUUACUUUUUCACUUUUAGUGAUAUUUGUACUAGAUAUCUGACAAUACAUGUGCUGGCUAUCCUGAAAAGUUCCAAUUAUAAAAUCUUUCAUUAGUGGCCAAAAGGUACUAUUGGUUUAGAGCCUGGGUUUUAGCAGGUAACUCAGAUGAAAGCAGAUAAAGUCUAGGACCUAAGCAAAGUGGGAAGUUGUAUUGGAAAUUGCACAUAAAGCUGAGUCCUUAAAAAUUAUAACCCUGAGUAAAGAGUGAAUUAGGCAAAAUCUACUCCUCAAAGAGAGAUUGUAGAGAAAUUUGUCUGUCUUGUCCUUGGCUCUAGAUGGAAAAAAACACAAACCAACAACCUUUCUCCUAAGAAUUCACAUCCAUCCUUCAUACAGGUUUGGUGUCAGAAUUCACUCUACACAUGCGAUCCCCCAAAACCCAAGAUUAGAAUGUGGUUUAAAGUGCUACUGUAUUAAUAAUAAAACCAGUUGCCUAGCAGAAGCAAACACAAAUACUCUCUGGAGGAAUGCACUUUAAAUGAGGGUCUUAAAGAAUUCCCACAGAUACAUUUACUGUGAAUAUGGGCUCACUGUUAAAAAAUCACAAGCAAAGAAUAAGCCAACAUGAAUGGGAGUUUACAGAAAUAGCAAACAGACUCAAACCUGCUAAGACUUAAUAAUUAAACUUGUCAGAUACAUAAUAUACUGAAGCUUAUUUACCAUACGUAAAGAAAUAAAGAGAAUAUUGACUGUAUGAUUCAAAACAAAAACUAUCAAAAAUAACUGGGCAGGUUUGGAAAAAGAGCAUAAUAGAAUACCCAUCUAGAAAUAAAGGCAUAAUAAUUGAAAUUAGGAUCUUAGUGGAUUGAUCAAAUAGUAAUUAUAUAGAGCUGAAGGGAGAAUUAGUGAAUGGAAAAAUAUAUCUAAAGAAAUUACCCAGAGUACAUCCUAGGGAGACAAAGAGGUGGAAAAAAUAAAAUCGAAGUUAAGAGAUGUAUGUGAUGUAUGAGAAAGUCUAACAUAUGGCUAAUUAGAUUUCUAAAAGGAAGAAAUAGAAGAAAUGAGAGUGGGAAAUAGUCAAAGAAAUAAUAGCUGAUAAUUUUCCAGAAUUGAUUAAAAAAAAAAACAAACCCAAGAAUCCUCAGAUGCAGGAAUCCCAGUGAAUCAUAAGACUAACUAAAAUGAAACCCACUCUUAGAUACAUCAUCAUGAAAGCAUAGAACACCAAAGAAGUGAAAAAAUUAAAAGCAGUCAGAGUAGAUUGAUCACUAUAAAUGAAUGUCAGGUACAGUGACAACUGACUUCUCAACAGCACAAUGGAAGUCAUAAGACAGCUGGAAUAAUAUCUUCAAAGGAUGAGGAGAAAAUAGCUGUAAACUUGGAAUACUGAGGCAGAUUAAUUAAUAGUCAUCUCCAAAUAUCUGUUUUCUGCUUCUUUUGUAAUUAAAUCCUUGGUUUUUAACUGAGCACGUGAAUACCUGGAAUAAAAACUACUUUUCCCAGCUUUCUUUACAGUUAGGAUUAUCAGAGAAGUAGUGAAAGUAGUAAUUUGUAUUAAGUUCUAACAAGUCAAAGGUUUUGCUUUAUUGCUGUCAAUUUCUAAGCUUUCUACAAUUUCUGCGUCACAGAACAGGGAGGAAGUGAUUCAAGGAGAGGCUGCCACUUUUGGUGAGUUGAUGAGGCAGAAAUAUAAGCUUGGGGAGGUCAAGGUGGCUAGAGUUUGCAAGGCUCAAAUACCAGAGAAGAGAGAACUAUGUAGAGAAGGAACUUAGAAAUCUGCAUGGGUUCCCCUCCAGUCUUUGGCUGAGUACUAAUCUGUGCAUGUGCUGCUUUCAUACAAUAUCGAAAGUGAAAUGAAAAUUCACUGAAAUGAGUCCAAAGCAAAUUAGAUACUGUAGAAGAAAAUAUCAGUAGCUUUAAGACAUGGCAAUAGAAACCAUCCAAAAUGAAGCACAGAGGAAGAUUGAAAUAAAAUGAAACAAAACUGAAAUAAAAACAAAAUGACUCUGGGAUAGUAUUAAUCAGCCUAACAUACAUGUAAUUGUAUUCCUAGAAAUAGAGAGGAAAGGGCAGAAAAAAUAUUUGAAGAAAGAAUGGUUGAUAUGUUUUCAAAUGCAUUGAGGAGUAUAAAUCCUCAGGUCCAGGAAGGUCAGUAAACCCCCAAGCAGGUGAACUAGCAAGUCACAACUGGGAACUGAUAUAUCUAAAAUAUAUAGUAAAUUCCUAAAAGAAAACAACAAGAAAAAACCAACAUAUCCCCCAAAGUGAGCAAAGGACAGAAUGAGAUAUUUCAUAAAAGCAGGAAGAUGAAUGGCCAGUAACAUAAGAGCUUCAUUACUAAGCAGAGAAAUGUAAAUUAAUACCACAGAUGCCGGUUCUCAGUCUCACCAAUUUGGCAAAAACUAAUUGUCAACACCAAGUGUUUGUGAAGAUAUGGAGUAAUAGGGUCUCUUAUUCACUGCUGGUGGGAGUGUACAUUGGGACAGUCACUUUAGAAAAUCUGACGUUAUCUAGUAAGGUUGUAGAUGGGCACACUCUAUACCCCACUGUUCCUGUUUACCCUAGAGAAAGUCUUGCACAUGGACUUCAGGAGAUAAGUAUAAGGAUGUUCUAGCAGUGUUGUUUGUUAAAGCAAAAAUUGGAAACAAGCCAAAAGUCCUUCAACAACAGACUGGAUAAAUAGAGAGAUAAUUAAUACACACAGAGUGAAAAUGAAUGACCUACAAUUUUAUGCAUCAACAUUAAUAAAAUCUCACCAACAUCUUUCAUCAAAAAAGCAAGUCACACUAUGAUUCCACGUAUAUAAGUUAAAAACCAGAGAGGACGGUAAUAACUCAGUGGUAGAGCACAUAUUUAGCAUGCACAAGGUCCUGGGUUCUAUCCCCAGUACCUUCAUAAUAAAACAAAAUAAAAUAAAUAAAAUAAUAAACAUGCAAAACUGUAUCUCAAAAUACACAAUAUAUGAUUAGAUUAUAAAGAAAGGCAGGAAUAACAAACACAAAAUUCAGGAUAGCAGUUCUGUCUGCUAGGAAUGUGAUCAGAGAGAGUACCUGGAGCCUCAGUGGUCCUAGUAAUGUUAGGUUUCUUGAGUCACUUGGAUUCAAGGGAGUUUGUUUUAUUAUUAUUCUUUAAAUAUGCUAAUUAUUUUGUCAGAAUUAUAUUUUCAUUAUAAAAAUAUUUUAACAAAAAAAGAAAUUCUUAUAAACUAAGUGUAGGGUGGAGAUGGAUAUUAAAGUCAGCACAAGAAGAGCAGGACUCCUGUAGAACAUCCCUAUGGAUGAUUAUUCACUUUGUUUUAUUUUUUAUUUUUAAUUUGUAUGUGUAUUUUUAUUGUGAAACAUUUUAGAAAUAUAAAAAUGUAUAGAGAAUAAUAUAAUAAUCACUUAUGCAUCCAUGACCUCAUGUAAAACUAUACAAAAAUAGUUGAAACCACUUGUGUAACCCUCCCCAAUUACAUUCCCUUUCCUGCAUCCCCAAUAAUCACAGUUAUGAAAUUUGUAUCUGGCAUGUCCAGAUACAAAUGCCUGAUUUUAUGUAUGUACCCUUAAAACUUUGUAUCAUGUAGUUUGUAUUGUAUUGUUUAGCAUGUUUGGCAUUUUACAUAAAUGGUAUCACUCAGUACGUGUCCUCCUGCAACUUAUUUUUCCCCAGCUUCUUUUUCUUUUUUAAUGUUUGUCCAUGUUGAUAUGCAGGAUUCUUUACAUCCAGUUUAAAUUUGUGUUUCCAAUGCUUCAAAAUUUAAAGAAACCUUUUGCUACAGGAAAUAUCAAAUAUAUACAAGAGUAGAUAUGCAUGAUACAUGAUCCCGCAUGUACUCAUCACCGAGAUUUAACAAUUACUAACAUAUGGAGAAUUUUGUUUCAUCUA